UCAUAAGUAUCUGAUAGCUCAGUCCAGUUUCCAUUUCUUAACCUGAAUCUGUGAAAGAAAACUCAUCCCAAAUCAAUGGCAAGAUCAUCAGGAAGGAUCAUCAAGAACCCAUUCAUGAGUUUAACCCCGAGUCCAAGAUCAUUGACUCAGUUGUUCUCGGUUUCACCAUUAACAUCACUCUUCUCCACCAAGAAAACAUCCCCACCCCUCUCAAUCUUCGUCCUCUCUUUCGUUUUUUCCUUCACUUUCCUGGGAAUCUCCAUUUUCAGAUUCUUUCCAGCUUCCCAAGAUCCAAUCCAAUGUUCCAUCGUAUCUCCAACAAUGUCCCCGGUUUCACCCCAUUCUUUACCGUCUUCCUACUCUCGGAUCAUCUUGGCAUCUUUGCUUUCCGGCUUAAACUCCAACAACGAGAUUCAACCCAGAGUUGGCGGCACUUCAAUGGUGCCAUUACCAGUUCAUCUGGUUUCCGGUGAUUUAUCCGAACAAGAAGCUGAGUUCUGGAAACAACCAGAUGGAAAUGGCUACCGUCCUUGCUUGGAUUCAACCAUAGGGUACCGUAAAAGAUCUGCAAAGAUUUCGAUGGAGAAGAACAGAUUCUUGGUCGUCGUUGCCGCUGGUGGAUUGAACCAACAAAGGAAUCAAAUCAUCGAUGCCGUUGUUAUUUCUAGAAUCCUCGAAGCUGCUUUAGUUUUGCCGAUCUUGCAAGUUAACACGAUAUGGGAAGAUGAAAGUGAAUUUCCAGAUAUAUUCGAUGUGGAACACUUCAAGAAGACUUUAAGAGCUGAUGUACGAGUUGUGUCUUCGUUACCAUCGUCUCAUUUGAUUGCUAAACAGACGAUUGUAACACAAAUGCCUUACGGUGUUUCUCCGUUUUGGAUCCGUGCUAAGUUCUUCAAACAACUCAAUCAAGAAGGCGUUCUUGUGCUAAAAGGAUUAGAUUCUAAGCUCUCCAAGAAUCUUCCGUCUGAUCUGCAGAAGCUUAGGUGUAAGGUAGCUUUCCAUGCACUGAGAUUUGCCAAGCCAAUUCUCCAGCUUGGGAACCAGCUAGCGAGAAGAAUGUGGAUUGAAGGUCCAUACGUAGCCCUUCAUCUCCGGCUUGAGAAAGAUGUGUGGGUUCGGACCGGAUGCCUCACUGGAUUAGGUGCCGAAUUCGACAAAAUCGUAACCCGGAUUCAGAAAUCUCAGCCUCAGUACCUCACCGGGAGAGUCAACAUGAGCUAUACUCAACGACGCCUGUCGGGACUGUGCCCUCUAAAUGCAUUAGAGAUGGCAAGGCUUUUAAAGGCUCUAGGGGCACCAAAAAGUUAUCGGUUUUACAUUGCCGGAGGAGAGCCAUUUGGUGGCAGCACCAAAGCUUUAGCGCCACUAGCUGCGGAGUUCCCGAACUUGGUGCGGAAGGAAUCGUUGGCCCGCGACGGUGAACUCUCGCCGUUCCUCAACCGCUCGUCGGUCCUAUCGGCGAUCGAUUACAUCGUCUCGUUCAACAGCGACAUCUUCAUACCUUCCCACGGCGGAAACAUGGGGCGAGCCUUGCAGGGACAUCGAGCGUACGUGGGACAUAGGAAAAGCAUAUGGCCGAACAAAAGAGCAAUGCUUCCAUUGUUUGAAGAUUCAUCGAUUCCGGAGGAAGAAUUGAGUAGCAUCAUAAGAUCACUGCACGAUAAAUCCAUGAAGCCGGAGCCGAGGAAGAAGGAGAGAGACAACGAUGUGAUUGCUUUUCCGGUGCCGGAAUGCAUGUGUCGACGCCGUUCUGCCAUUUUCUGAAACAAAACACCCAAUUGUACAUACAUUUCGAUUUUAACAACAUAUGAAAAACGUUUG